UGAGCUGCACUUUUCCCACGUUUUCCCUCCGGGGCUCAGGGCCGGUUUGGAGACAGAUGUGUGUGUGUGUGUGUGUGUGAGUGUGUGUCACCGAGCCUCAGACUCACACACACUUUAAUACACGAACCGAGUCCGGUCCGUUCAGUGAGCCUGCUCAUGUAAGAACUUUGUCCGGUCCGUGGUUUCACAGUCCCGGGACGGAUCCGCGGCCACAGGCGGAUUAGCUCACGGCUUGUUGUUCAACCUCGACUCGACGCCUCGGAUCUAAGUUAACAGCUGACUCUGGACCAGCAGACACAGCGUGUUCCCGGUCUGAUCCCAGCACGUCGGUGCGUUAGGACACCAUGUCUUCCCCCCGCUGCUUCCUGCUGCCGCUGUCCUGCAUCCUGCUGGUUCUGCUGGUUCAGUUUCCACAGGCUCAGUCCAGACCGGCCACAGAGGACACAGACACAGCCGACGCAGUGAAAUCCUCUGAAGACGAAGACGACGAUGAAUCAUCCUCAGAGGAAAAUAAACUGUCCAAUGAAAUGUCAACAAGCAACGAAAAGCAAACGCUGGCGCCUAAGUGGGUAAUGCCGGAGAAGAUGGAGAAGCGGCUCCACGCCGUUCCUGCCAGUAAGACUGUAAAGUUUCGAUGCCAGGCGACUGGAAACCCCGUUCCCACUCUGCGCUGGUACAAGAACGGGAAAGAGUUCAAGAAAGACCAAAGGAUCGGAGGAUUCAAGAUCAGAGACCACAUGUGGACUCUCAUCAUGGAGUCAGUGGUUCCUUCUGAUAAAGGGAACUACACCUGUGUGGUGGAGAACGAACAUGGGAGCCUCAAACACACCUACCUGCUGGAUGUGGUUGAGCGUUCUCCUCACAGACCGAUCCUGCAGGCCGGUCUGCCGGCCAACCAAACGGCCGUCGUCGGUAGCGAUGUGGAGUUUGUGUGUCGGGUGUUCAGUGACCCGCAGCCUCACAUCCAGUGGCUCAAACACAUCACCGUCAACGGCAGCAGAGAGGGACCAGACGGACACCCCUACGUCCUCAUUCUCAAGACUGCAGGUGUGAACACCACAGAUAAAGAGAUGGAGGUUCUGACUCUGAGGAACGUGAGUCUGGACGAUGCUGGGGAGUACACCUGCCUGGCAGAAAACUCCAUCGGAGCAUCUCACCACUCUGCGUGGCUCACUGUUGUGGACGAUCUACCCCCCUCCCCGCUGCCCUCCCAGACCUACUUGGAGAUCUUCAUCUAUUGCCUUGGGUUUUUCAUCAUCAUCAUCCUCACUGCCACAGCAGUUGUCUGCAGACUCUGCUGUGCCCCGAAGAAGAGCGACUUCAGCAGCCAGCUAGCCGUCCAGAAAUUAGCCAAGAGCAUUCCUCUGAGGAGACAGGUGUCCGUUGAGUCCUCGUCCUCGCUGCAGUCAGGGGUGUGUCUGAUGCGUCAGUCUCGUCUCUCCAGUGCAGCCACCACCGUCCUGGCAGGAGUGUCCGAGUACGAGCUUCCCUACGACCCAGUCUGGGAGCUGCCUCGAGAUCGGCUGACUCUGGGGAAGCCUCUGGGAGAAGGGUGUUUCGGUCAGGUGGUGCUGGCUGAGGCUGUGGGCAUCGACAGAAAUAAACCAACACGCCUCACCAAGGUGGCUGUGAAGAUGCUUAAAGCCGACGCCACAGAGAAGGACCUGUCCGACCUGAUCUCCGAGAUGGAAAUGAUGAAGAUGAUCGGUAAACACAAGAACAUCAUCAACCUGCUGGGAGCCUGCACUCAGGACGGCCCUCUGUACGUGGUGGUGGAGUACGCCUCGCAGGGGAACCUGAGGGAGUACCUCCGCGCCCGUCGACCGGUCGGGUUGGAGUACUGGAGCGGCUCGAGGCAGACGUCGUUGGGCAGUUUGGAGAUCAGGGAGCUGGUGUCUGCUGCGUACCAGGUGGCCAGGGGGAUGGCGUACCUGGCCUCGAAGAAGUGCAUCCACAGAGACCUGGCAGCCAGAAACGUGCUGGUCACAGAAGAUAACGUGAUGAAGAUAGCGGACUUCGGUCUGGCUCGAGACAUCCACCACAUCGACUACUACAAGAAGACCACUAACGGUCGUCUGCCGGUGAAGUGGAUGGCGCCGGAGGCUUUGUUCGACCGCAUCUACACACACCAAAGUGAUGUGUGGUCGUUUGGAGUCUUGCUGUGGGAAAUCUUCACCCUCGGGGGGUCUCCUUACCCCGGAGUCCCUGUGGAGGAGCUCUUCAAGCUGCUAAAGGAGGGACACCGCAUGGAAAAACCCCCGGCCUGCACUCAGGAGCUGUACCUGAUGAUGAGAGACUGCUGGCACGCCGUCCCGUCUCGCAGACCCACCUUCCAACAGCUGGUAGAAGAUUUAGACCGCACACUUUCUCUCAUGGCGAACCAGGAGUACCUGGACCUGGCCGUCCCUCUGGUCCAGUACACCUCGGUCAGCCCCUCGGCUUCGGCUCACUCCUGUAACUCCAGAUAGGCAUCCUGGGACCGUUUCCCUUCCUGCAUCACCUGUAUCCUGUUUCCUCUGCUGUGCGGGGCGGCGGCGGCAGAAGUCCCACACGAAGCCGGGCAGAGGGGCUCAGGCGAGAAGCUUCACCGUCGUCUAUCACAGCAGCCUGAUGUGAAGAACAGCUGGACAGAGCUGGACUGUUUGACUUCCCAUCAAGGCCUCAGGAAGCAGCUCGCACGCUGCGACCCACAUCGUCCACCCCCGACAGAGGACUGUGAGAGCUGGGUUUUGUUCCUGUGCCGCCCAUUGCGACAGUGCUUUGGUUAAUGUCCAUGUUCAUAAUGUUCUCAGUGUGAAUAUUGUAAAUAAUAGUCUGCGUUAUACUGGAGACCAAACUGAAUUUAUUAGAGAAAAAUGUCAUGAAAGAGGCGAUAAAGGGAGAAACUGAUUCUAAAAACUGAGCGAAUAAAAUACACAGAAACCAAUCUAUAAAAAUUUAUAAAAGAAAAUAAAUUUCAUGUUCACGUUAACGUUGCUGGUGGAUUCAUUUUUCCAUCAGCAGGAAUAAAUAGUUCGUGGUUUAUAGAUUCAUUUCAUGUGUAUUUUAUUCAUUCAUUCAUUUCUUGGUUUAUGUUUUUUUCAUGAAGCCAAAGAUGAUGAUUGAUCCGACGCUGCACUUAUCCUCCAGCUGAUUACAGCUGUUACACAAUGUGUACAAUAACAGAUUAACUGUAUUAAAAUCCUUCUGACUUUUUUC